GUUGCGAUGUACUAGUGUUUGUAUUAAACCGUUUCUUUCUGGCAUGCUUAUUGUGUUUACCAGCAUUCGGAGGAGCUGAUCAGCUGACCCGUGGAGUCCGCUCACGUGACAGAACGGAGGCGUCGCUGAAAACAUUCGCCCGUUCACCACACACACAAACACACCAUUCCACAACAAGCGGAUGAGACGAGAGACACAUGCACAACGUUUACUUCUCCACAUCGCAAUGAAAUGAGGGGAGCAUGGGGGCCAAAGAGUCGAGGAUCGGAUUCCUGUCGUAUGACGAGGCAGUGAAGAGAGUCACUGAUGUUGAAUUGAAGCGACUAAAAGAUGCCUUCAAGAGAACGAGCGGCCUCACCUACUACAUGACCCAGCAGUGCUUUUACAAGGAAGUGCUGGGGGAUGGAGUUCCUCAUAAAGUUGCAGAGGUGAUCUACACCUCAUUCGGAGGCUCGCCUAAAGGGCUGCACUUCAACAAUGUGAUCGUGGGUCUGGUGCUUCUGACCAGAGGGCGCGAUGAGGAGAAGGCCAAGUACCUCUUCAGCCUGUUUGCCAGCGAUCUAAGUGGGCACGCAGCCAGGGAGGAUAUAGAAGCAGUUCUGCAGGUCCUGGAUGGAGAAGUUCCGACCUCCCUCAAGAAGUGCUUCAGUGAGGGGGACAAGGUGAACUAUGAGCGCUUCAGGAACUGGCUGCUCCAGAACAAGGAGGCCUUCACUCUAUCCAGAUGGCUCCUGUCCGGAGGAGUGUGUGUCACGCUCACAGAUGACAGCGACACGCCUACCUUCUACCAGACACUGGCUGGCGUCACACACUUGGAAGAGUCCGACAUCAUAGACUUGGAGAAGCGCUACUGGCUCCUCAAAGCCCAGUCCAGAACCGGACGCUUUGACUUGGAAACUUUCGUCCCUCUGGUCUCUCCUCCCAUCCAUGCCUCACUGAGCGAAGGCUUGUUUCACGCCUUCGAUGAGAAUCGGGACAAUCACAUCGACUUCAAAGAGAUCUCCUGUGGACUCUCUGCGUGCUGCAGGGGGCCCGUGGCUGAAAGACAGAAAUUUUGCUUCAAAGUGUUUGAUGUGGACCGGGAUGGGGUGCUGUCUCGAGAUGAACUCCAUGAAAUGGUGGUGGCCUUGCUGGAAGUGUGGAAGGACAAUCGCACGGACACACUCCCUGAGCUGCACAGCAGCGUGUCAGACAUCGUAGAAGGCAUCCUGAAGAUGCACGAUACAACCAAGCUGGGUCACCUGACCCUGGAAGACUACCAGAUCUGGAGUGUGAAGAGUGCAUUGGCCAAUGAGUUCCUCAACCUGCUGUUCCAGGUCUGCCACAUAGUCUUGGGGCUCCGGCCCGGUAGUCCUGAGGAGGAGGGGCAAAUCAUCAGAGGUUGGCUGGAGAGGGAGAGCAGACACGGGCUCCAGCAAAGUCAGAACUGGUUUCCCAUCUCCAUGCUGUGGUGGCAGCAAUGGAAGGACUACGUAAAAUAUGGAAGUCCCUGCUGUUGUCUCCCUGUCCAGGAGCACAAAGGCAUCGUGGUGGAACAGCCGUCCAUCCUGAGCUCGUUGAGAACUCCAAUGUCCACAGCCACUAUAGAGCCCGCCCCACCAGACCGACUGGGAGGACUGGGAACCUUCAGCUCGGUCAGCCCCACUGAGGAGAGGUCGCCUGAUGCCGUUUCCAGCGCCUCAGAGGCCACAGAGACCGCCUUGAGCCCUCAGGUAGCUUCCUCUGCUACCGACGGCUGUUUCGCCCGUCAGCACAAUGUAUCGGACAACAACAAUCAGUGUUUCUCUGGAGCCAACGGCCACCUCCCCUCCCAGCUGGCCGCCCAGCGGCCCGGAGCCAUCGACAACCAGCCGCUGGUCAACACCGACCCCAUGAAGGCCCCCACGCUAACCAUGGAGGGGGGUAGGCUGAAGCGCUCCUUGCAGCUGGUGCCUGGCAGAGACUUUGAGACCGUGCCAGAGCCCGUGUGGAGGGCCCUCUACCAUUGGUACGGUGCCAACCUCAGCCUGCCACGGCCGGUUAUCCUGGAGAGCAAAACAGGCCAAGCAGAGCUGGAGCUCUUCCCACGCUACCUUCUCUUCCUCCGCCAGCAGCCGGCCACACGCUCCCCCCAGUCCAACAUCUGGGUCAAUAUGGGUAUGACCAGCCUGCGAAUGUUCCCACCGUAUUUACCCCCACCAAGAGCAGGUAGCGUGCCGUCCCCCAACGCUCCCCUGAAGAGGGCCUUGGCUUACACAGGCUGCUUCAGCCGCAUGGCCACCAUCAAGGACAUCCACCUCUACCUUUCCCAGAGGCUGCGCAUCAAGGAGGAGGACAUGAGGCUCUGGCUCUACAACAGUGAGAAUUACCUCGCGCUCCUAGACGAUGAAGAUCACACUCUGGAAAGCCUGAAGAUCUAUGAUGAGCAGCAGCUCGUAAUUGAAGUUAGGAACAAAGACAUGAGCUGGCCCGAGGAAAUGUCUUUCAUAGCCAACAGUAGUAAGAUGGACAGACACAAAGUUCCCACAGAGAAAGGAGCCACUGGCCUCAGUAACCUUGGCAACACCUGCUUCAUGAACUCCAGCAUCCAGUGUGUGAGCAACACCAAGCCUCUCACAGAAUACUUCAGCUCAGGGAGACACCUCUAUGAGCUCAACAGAACAAACCCCAUCGGGAUGCGCGGCCACAUGGCCAAAUGUUAUGGUGACCUGGUGAUGGAGCUAUGGAGCGGGACACAGAAGAACAUUGCUCCACUCAAACUCAGGUGGACAAUAGCAAAGUAUGCCCCACGCUUUAAUGGGUUCCAGCAGCAGGACUCCCAGGAGCUGCUGGCCUUCCUGCUGGAUGGUCUCCAUGAAGACCUCAACAGAGUGCAUGAGAAGCCCUACGUGGAGCUGAAGGACAGCGACGGGCGGCCCGACGGGGAGGUGGCCUCUGAGGCAUGGGAGAACCACCUCCGCAGGAACCGCUCCAUCGUGGUGGAUCUGUUCCACGGUCAGCUCAAGUCCCAGGUGAAGUGUAAGACCUGCGGGCACAUCAGCGCUCGCUUCGACCCCUUCAACUUCCUGUCCCUGCCCCUUCCCAUGGACAGCUCCAUGCAUCUGGAGAUCACUGUCAUCAAACUGGACGGCUCCACACCUGUACGCUACGGCCUUCGCUUGAAUAUGGAUGAAAAGUACACAGGCCUGAAGAAGCAGCUGAGUGAACUGUGCGGUCUGAAGCCUGAGCAGAUCCUCCUGGCUGAGGUCCACACCGCCAACAUCAAGAACUUUCCUCAGGACAACCACAAGGUCCGUCAGUCCGUUAAUGGCUUCCUGUGUGCGUUUGAGAUCCCCGUGCCGGGUUCGCCAACCUCACUGAGCUCCCCCACUCCGUCAGACAUCCCCCCAAUCGCCAACGGCUCUGCUGCUAAAGAGAACCUGGGCAGUGAGCUCGCCCUCAUCCCCAACGGGGGGCCCAGCACCCUGGUGCCCCGUAGCCCAGAGACGCCCGUCGCCAAUGGGGUCGCCAACGGGCACAUCACACCGAUGCAGGAGAGCCCCUUCACUGGAUACAUCAUCGCCAUGCACAGAAAGAUGAUGCGUACGGAGCUGUACUUCCUGUCGUCUCAGAAGAACCGGCCCAGUCUGUUCGGCAUGCCGCUCAUAGUUCCCUGCACUGUCCACACCAGUAAGAAGGACUUGUACGACGCCGUAUGGAUCCAAGUCUCCCGACUGGCCAGCCCGCUGCCGCCACAGGAAGCCAGCAACCACGCCCAGGACUGCGAUGACAGCAUGGGCUACCAGUACCCCUUCACUUUACGGGUUGUGGGCAAGGAUGGAAACUCCUGUGCCUGGUGCCCCUGGUACAGGUUCUGUCGCGGCUGUACAAUAGAGUGUUCAGAGGACAGGGCCUCUGUAGGAAAUGCUUACAUAGCUGUGGACUGGGACCCCACCGCCCUGCAUCUCCGCUACCAGACCUCCCAGGAGAGGAUUGUGGAGGAGCACUGCAGUGUGGAGCAGUCCCGCCGGGCCCAGGCGGAGCCCAUCAGCUUGGACAGCUGUCUGAAGGCCUUCACCAGCGAGGAAGAGCUGGGUGAAGACGAGCUCUACUACUGCUCCAAGUGCAAGACGCACCGGCUGGCCACCAAGAAGCUGGACCUGUGGAGGCUGCCGCCCAUGCUGAUUGUCCACCUGAAGCGCUUCCAGUUCGUAAAUGGCCGGUGGAUCAAAUCCCAGAAGAUUGUCAAGUUCCAGAGGGAGAAUUUUGACCCGAGCGCCUUCCUGGCUCCCAGAGACCUGGAGCAGCGCUGCCUCCACUCCUGCAGCGAGAGCGAAGACCUGCUGAGGGUCGGAGAAGGCAACCUGUCUUCCAUCUCUGCCCCCGCGGGCUUCUGCAACCUUCCCAAAGUGUCCCCUGCGUCCACAAGGAAGUCCUCUCCGUCUCUAAGCCGGACCAGCAGCCCCUCCGGAAGCCCCAAGUCCGGUAACGGAGGCCGUAGGCCAGCCCGGCUCCGUCUGCCCCAGCUGGGCAGCAGACACCGCCUCUCUAAUAGCAAGGAGAACCUGGAGGCAGCUGCCGAUGCUGAGGCUGAGCCGAGUGACGACACGGAGGGCAGCGAGGCUCCUGGAUCAGGGGGGGCGUCGGCGUCGGAGGCGUUGUGCGGCAGCGAGGCGUCCAGCAGCCACUGUGACGUGGUCCUGGUGAACGGUGACAGCAAUGGGCUGAACUCCGACGGCAGCACAGAGAGCAGCAUGGAGCCCGACCACCCGCCGCUCCAGCACCGAGACAGCGUGUGCCUGGACGCCAUCUACAACCUCUAUGCAAUAUCAUGCCAUUCGGGAAUCAUGGGAGGAGGCCACUAUGUGACGUAUGCCAAAAACCCCAAUGGGAAAUGGUACUGUUAUAAUGACAGCAGCUGUAAGGAAGUGCGCCCCGAGGAGAUUGACGCUGACUCGGCCUACAUCCUCUUCUACGAGCAGCAGGGAGUGGACUACUCCCAAUUCUUGCCAAAGACAGACGGCAAGAAGAUGGCUGAUACCAGUAGCAUGGAUGAAGACUUUGAGUCCGACUACAAGAAGUACUGUGUCCUCCAGUGAUCGCAGCUCGCCUCCCCGUCAGCCAGCGCUGCUCCUCGCAGGGAGCAGCAGAGGCUCAGGCCUCUGUGAAGGAUCCAGAUGGACUUCCAGUGACUCGAGUCCCGGCCCUUAGAGAUACGACGCAGCCCUUUCUACACUUGAUCGCAAACACAUUGUACUGCAAAGGUUUGCCAAUAAAACAAUGAAGCCCCGCCCCCAUUCCCCUCUUCUCCCAUCGAGAACGACCCUCGCCAUAACAAAGAAGGACCUUUUAUCCUUGCAUACUAAGGCAUCACUGGAUGUAUGCCGGUAUGGCCGAGUCAUGGAGUGUUUGCUUUGUGCGUUUAACGCUUGUGAUGUCGGAAUGAAAAGAGUCAACACUUGAUCUGAGCCUGGAUGUUUGACCCGGAGAAGGAGAGCAGCGAGGCCUCACAAUGUCUCGGUGUAAAGGUCAAAGCCAACGAUUUGCUACAGGUUGGGUUUGAAAUGCCAACAGCCUGUGCUGAUGUCAUAUUCGAUGCCACCGAUCAACAUGAGGUUCAGGUUAGGAGUCUGGUAUAUUGGGUACCAAGGAAACAUAAGUCACACGCUACCUCAUCGCUUCCUGCAGUCUGUCAGCCCUAAAAGUCUGUGACAGUAUUAUUGAUAACUCAAAACAAAUAUCUCCCCCCUGCUUGGACACACUUAUGGGUCCUGAUGGAAAUUAUAGUAGGCGAUUUUGUCAAAACUGUGUUUCAUUCCAGAGCUGCCAAAUAUCAGUGGUGUGUGUGCAAUGUUGACUCGUGUGUAUCCAUAACUUCUUCAAACCACCAUCAUCAUCUCGAGUGUCAGUCCGGGUUUUUUGAGGACACGUGCCAUGAUUUCAAAAGAGAUUUCCUUCAAGAUCAAUAUUUAGUAUACGUUUAACACUUCCCUCAGGGGGGAUUCUGCAAAUGUGUUUGGUUGUAAGACGUUUAUUUUAUUGUUAAUUUUUUUUUUUGUUGAGGCCAAUUCAGGUUAGCGUUGGAAAUGAAUCACAAAGCUUUGCCAGAGGCAUCAGGCUUGUUUUCACACUGUAGCAACAUAAACUCUGACUGCUUAAACUCUUAACUCUUAAGAUACAAACUCAUCUGUGAUACCAAUGUUCAAAUGCUCCCUUAAAAGUAGGGAUAUCGAGGAUAACUUCAUUGCACUCACAAAAUGAUUUUACCUUCUACUAUUUAAAGCGUAACUUAAGAGUCCUGCGCUCAUGGAGCAACGCACUCCCAGAACCGUGUCGCAGCCACGAAAGCCAGUUUAAAAAACGGAUCAAAAUUGAUGUGGCAGAACGUGAGCAAUGGUCUUCUCUAUUCCACAUAUUCAUUUUUCUUGUCGAUUCUUAUAAUAGUAGCGGUUAAACCGCUUCAGAGGUCUAGUAAGCUCACCUCUUUUUAAUUCCACCCCCCCCACCUCUAAUGGGUCAAAUACAAAGGUGCACUCUACCCUACGUGUGUCCCAGAGUACAAUAAUGAGUCCCUUAUAUCAUUUGCUGCUAAUUGGAGAGGGAAUGAAGACGUUUUUAACAAAUACACUUUCUAACAAAUUCAAGUUAAUUGCUCGCCUUAUUUUCUAGAUGGCAAGCAUUCCUUUCAAAAUAAUGGAGUGUAAAGUGUCUGCUAUUAGAUUGCCAAAGCAUCAAUAUGUGUUUAAUAUUUCAUCUAUAUUGGGGUUGUUUUCAGGAAAUUCCUCUCGAUGUCAAACGCUAAAAACUCUCUUGGUAAAUUUCACACCUUUUACAAUAUGAGGUUACCAAAACAUGUGCCCAUAAAGCCAGUGCUGUGAGAGGGUUUCCCUUUACUGUUCGUUCUUCAGAAAGAACCCGUAGUCAGGUCUGUAAGAACUAAACUGUCACAUGUAGAAUAUGGUUUGUUGUCGGUGUUGGUUCCUCAGUGCGAUGGUUUGGCUGUUUGGUGUGACCUGUCAGUGGGACAUGCUGUGCCUGUAGUCCGUUGGCUGAGCUCUGUGUAGCAGCACGUGUGGAGGUCCUCCUCCGAGGGCUCCGGCUGACCACUGUGAAGAGGCACAGGAGAGGAACCUCUGUGCUCACCUCUUUUUAGCUGCUGUAUUUAUGAGAUGAUGCCUUUUAUGGGUGUAUUCAGAGAGGAAUCGGUCACUGAAUGGAACUUUAUUUUUGCUUUGCAGAGUAUGAAAAGUGUUUGGAUGAGUGCUAUUUAUGUUUGCUCAGCUGUUUUUCCCCCGCCCUCCUGCCUUUGAACCGAGCUGUCGACCGCGUCUGGUGUUUUUCAGCGUUUAAAACAUCACAACGUGGCUCAACGGUACCAUUUUCCUAAGGCUGGGUCUCUUGAGGAGCCGGUUUGUAAUGUUUGCUUCAUUUGAGAUUUGAAAUAGUUGCCAUCUUCUUUUGUCGCUGUGAGUAUUGCCCAAGACCACUACUUGGGAUGCUGAGCUUACCCCCACACCUACGUAGCAGUCAAAGUUUUGGACUUUCAAUUGAAUGAGAAAAUGUGUCCAACCAUUUGACUGGUACUGUACGGCUUUGACUGUGUGAGCAGAAACACGACUUCCAGUUGCGAUCGGCACAUUUGGGUCCAAACAGAUCCUGGGCCCGCGUAAAAUAAUAUAUUGAGACCCCCCCCCCUCUCUCUCUCACUCACACACACACACACACACACACACCAGAAGAGUAGGUGGGAAUAUUGGCAGGAAGUGCAAUUUACUACUGAGCAGUCUGUCUGUGUCUGUAGCCUCAUUUUAUUUAAGUUCAUUUCUGUUGGAUCUGAACCAGACGUGUUAAUUUAAAGAACUUUUUUGUAAGAUGUUUGUUGAAAGAAAGUGACGUUGCACUGACAUGAAAACAUGUACAUAAGACAAAUGUGUUUUUGUAAAUAAGCCAAUGAAAACUGUAUUUCAGUAUGAACUGUACAAAAUAAUGUACUUGUAGUUGUAUAUGGAGUGAUGCUGUUGAUCUGUAACAAAGUACCCAAGCAACAAAUUAAAUUCUGCAGAGGAAACGACAACACCAAA